ACAAAAAUUUAUCAAUUUUCUCUUUUGUUUAGACAGAGAUCACAGUCUAGUAGCUGCAUAGUUGAUCAAAUACGAAUGUGUGAGUAUGAAAACCAACGAGAGAUGGUGGACAGGUUGAUGCAGCUUCAGAGGAACUAUCCUAGUCUAGCCAAGGUUGGUGCUAUUGGAAAAUCCGUGGAAGGUCGGAGUCUAGUGUACAUCAAAAUAAGUGAAAACGUAAACCAGAGAAGUUUUCUUGAACCUAUGGUUAAAUAUGUUGGAAAUAUGCAUGGAGAUGAAGCAGUGAGUCGGCAGAUGCUUAUAUACCUAGCAGAGUACUUACUUAGCAGGUAUGGGUUUGACCAGAGGAUCACCAGUCUAAUAAACAACACGGAGAUAUUUCUUCUCCCCUCCCUCAACCCGGACGGAUUUGCUGAGGCUAGAGAAGGAAACUGCGGAACAAGUUCCGGGCGAGGAAAUGCAAAUGGCGUGGAUCUGAACCGGAACUUUCCACGGCAAUUUGACGAACCUCGCACCAGUAAUUUCAGGGCACUCAGCUUUGGUAGAGAAAAAGAGACUACUGCUGCAAUGGCCUGGAUUUUUAGCAAACCCUUUGUACUCUCGGCCAAUCUUCACGGCGGAGCAGUAGUCGCAAGCUAUCCUUUUGAUGAUAGUCCUAGCCAUCAGUCAGGGAAAUACUCUGCCUCCCCAGAUGAUCCAACCUUCAAGUAUCUUGCUACUGUUUAUGCCAGGAACCAUAGAACCAUGUCCAGCAAUAUCAAAUGCGAGCCAACUGAUAACUUUCCUAAUGGAAUAACAAACGGAGCAAGAUGGUAUGAUGUACCGGGGGGAAUGCAGGACUAUAACUAUGUACAUUCAAAUGCUUUGGAAAUUACAGUUGAACUAACAUGCUGUAAAUAUCCACCUGCUGCUACACUUGUAAGUCACUGGCUAGAUAACAGGAAUGCUCUGAUUGCAUAUUUGGAGCAAGUUCACACCGGAGUCAAGGGAGUAGUCAUGGAUUCAAGAGGAAAUCCUGUACCUGGAGCCGUUGUAGUUGUUAAUAGAGGGAAGUCAGUUAAAACAACAAACCAGGGAGAAUACUGGAGGGUUCUGUCUCCAGGCACCUAUACUCUAAUGGCUCAGCAAGGAGGCUCAUCUAGCGAGCCGGUCACUGUCAAUGUUAAACCUGGAGUUGCCAUUGUUAACUUUCAGUUGUAGAUCUGUGAGAGAAAAUAAAAUAAAAAAUUGUUGGGAAAAUAGAA